AUGUGGCCCAGGCCACGGCCUCCCGCUUUCAUCCUGCCUCUCAGCUGCAGCAGGGCCCUGGGAACCUGGGGACUCCCCUACCAGGACUCCCCUACCAGGACUCCCUUACCAGGACUCCCUUACCAGGACUCCCUUACCAGGACUCCCCUACCAGGACUCCCUUACCAGGGCUCCUCUACCAGGACUCCCCUACCAGGACUCCCUUACCAGGACUCCCUUACCAGUGUUCCUCUACCAGGACUCCCUUACCAGGGCUCCUCUACCAGGACUCCCCUACCAGGACUCCCUUACCAGGACUCCCUUACCAGGACUCCCCUACCAGUGUUCCUCUACCAGGACUCCCUUACCAGGACUCCCUUACCAGGACUCCCCUACCAGGACUCCCUUACCAGGACACCAUUUUACCAGGACUCCCCUACCAGGACUCCCUUACCAGGACUCCCUUACCAGGACACCCUUACCAGGACUCCCCUACCAGUGUUCCUCUACCAGGGCUCCUCUACCAGGACUCCCCUACCAGGACUCCCUUACCAGGACUCCCUUACCAGGACUCCCCUACCAGUGUUCCUCUACCAGUGUUCCCCUACCAGUGUUCCUCUACCAGGGCUCCCUUACCAGGACUCCCCUACCAGGACUCCCUUACCAGGAAUCCCUUACCAGGGCUCCUCUACCAGGACUCCCUUACCAGGACUCCCUUACCAGGACUCCCCUACCAGUGUUCCUCUACCAGGACUCCCUUACCAGGGCUCCCCUACCAGGACUCCCCUACCAGGACUCCCCUACCAGGGCUCCCUUACCAGGACUCCCCUACCAGGGCUCCCUUACCAGGACUCCCCUACCAGGACUCCCCUACCAGGGCUCCCUUACCAGGACUCCCCUACCAGGACUCCCCUACCAGGGCUCCCUUACCAGGACUCCCCUACCAGGACUCCCCUACCAGGGCUCCCUUACCAGGACUCCCCUACCAGGGCUCCCCUACCAGGACUCCCUUACCAGGACUCCCUUACCAGGACUCCCCUACCAGGCCUCCCCUACCAGGGCUCCCCUACCAGGACUCCCUUACCAGGACUCCCCUACCAGGGCUCCCCUACCAGGACUCCCUUACCAGGACUCCCUUACCAGGACACCCUUACCAGGACUCCCCUACCAGUGUUCCUCUACCAGGGCUCCUCUACCAGGACUCCCCUACCAGGACUCCCUUACCAGGACUCCCUUACCAGGACUCCCUUACCAGGACUCCCCUACCAGUGUUCCUCUACCAGUGUUCCCCUACCAGUGUUCCUCUACCAGGGCUCCCUUACCAGGACUCCCCUACCAGGACUCCCUUACCAGGACUCCCUUACCAGGGCUCCUCUACCAGGACUCCCUUACCAGGACUCCCUUACCAGGACUCCCUUACCAGGACUCCCCUACCAGUGUUCCCCUACCAGUAUUCCCCUACCAGGACUCCCUUACCAGGGCUCCCCUACCAGGACUCCCCUACCAGGACUCCCCUACCAGGGCUCCCUUACCAGGACUCCCCUACCAGGGCUCCCUUACCAGGACUCCCCUACCAGGACUCCCCUACCAGGGCUCCCUUACCAGGACUCCCCUACCAGGGCUCCCCUACCAGGACUCCCUUACCAGGACUCCCUUACCAGGACUCCCCUACCAGGGCUCCCCUACCAGGGCUCCCUUACCAGGACUCCCUUACCAGGACUCCCCUACCAGGGCUCCCCUACCAGGACUCCCUUACCAGGACUCCCCUACCAGGGCUCCCUUACCAGGGCUCCCCUACCAGGACUCCCCUACCAGGGCUCCCUUACCAGGGCUCCCCUAUCAGGACUCCCUUACCAGGGCUCCUUUACCAGGACUCCCUUACCAGGACUCCCUUACCAGGACUCCCCUACCAGUUUCAGCAUGGAGUGA